AUGGAAUGGCAGAAUCUAGCGUUGGAAGCUACGACAGACACCCGAUCCAGAGAAAUGGAUGUCAAGAUCCCGCUGGUGCCCGUGGUGGAGCAACCCGAGUACAAAACCCCGCGCGCAAUACUCCAAAGACCGAAGACGACGUUGAUCCAGUCACGAUCAAGGAACAUCACCGUUGAAGUGCGGCGGAUCGGAUCUGCCAUCGAUGAUGGUGUACAAUCUGGGACGGGACAUGUGACCGGUGAUCCAUUGAACGACAAGGGCGCCGCAUCUAUGUCGCAAAAAACCGACAUGGAUCCAUCACCUGUUGUUGAAGAUCAACCAGGCACUCCGGAUCUGGACCUCACCUGGGACUUAGAUCAAGAUUAUGAUGAAUGUGUAUACUACCAUGAAGGAAGUGAUCUAUACGCGGAAGAUGUCGACGGACAGAUGGCGCUACUACAAGAAAUUCCUGUGACGACGGAAGAUGUGAAGAUCGAGGGCAUUCAGCUAUGUGAAGAAAUUGAUCGACUUUGCCAAAGGAUCUGGAAGUUCCGACAUCUCUUGAUCAGCAAAGGAAAUACCCUUCCGCCGCCGGCUAGAGGUGUGGUGUGCGAUAUCGACGCCGGAGGAGCGAAGCCUAUCGCUCUGAAGUGUCGUAAGUUGCGGAUCCAGUUCAGGGAGAAACUGGAAGACUUGAUCAAGGGUCUAUUGUCCGAAAAAAUGAUCAACUACUCUAGAUCACCAUGGACUUCCCUGAUCGUGGUGAUCAUCAAGAAGAAUGGAGUGGAUAUCGAGUUCUUAAGUCAGCUGAUGACCUAUCCAAUGCCCUUGAUCAACGACCUACUUGAAGAACUGGAGUCGACUCUUUGGUACUGUUCUUUGGAUAUGGCGAGUGGAUUCUGGGAAGUGAAAAUGACGGAUCGUGCUCGCUUGAUCUCGGCUUUUAUCACUUCCUUAUGGAUAUUUGAGUGGAAUCGGAUGCCUUUCGGCUUGAAGGAUGCGCUCCAGAUCUAUCAACGUAUGGUCGACAACGCACUAUAUGGAUUCACCCGUACCCCGAUGCCUGAAGAUCACGGAGGUACUUUGGAUGUGUUUGAGAACGGGGAACCGGUGGAUUCAGGCAAGUCAUCAGUGCUUGGGCCCAAUAACUGGGAUCAACUAUGUGAUCGCGUCGAAGGUCUACUCGAGGUGUGCGAUAAGUGGAAUCUGUCGAUCAGUGUGGUUAAGAGUUUCUGGGGAAUGCCUAAGGUGGAAUAUCUCAGUCAUAAGGCCUCUUUCAAUGGACUGGAGGCGAAUCCGAAGGAUCUGUCAGCACUGACUGAUCUAGCAUUCCCAGGAUCACUCAAAGCUAUGCAGUCAUUUUUGGGAAGUUUGAACUAUUACAGCCGGUUCAUCGAAGACUAUGCGAUUUAUGCGUCGGUCCUGUACGAGUUACGGGAAAUCGACUUCGCUGCGAUGAUGAAAAACACCACCCAAGCGCAGAUCCAACGGAUGUUAGAGGUGGAGAGUGUGGAUCAGGGAUCACAUGAAGAUCAAGUGAUCGACCACCGGAAGACCUUGGAUCUGGAGGCGCAAGAUCUUACUGAAGUGGAUCCGCGUUGGAUCCACGCCUAUCGGUCCUUCAGUUCGCUCAAAGCCAAGAUCGCUACUACUCCGAUCUUACGGCACUUUGAUCCAGAUCGAAGUGCUACGAUUGUAGUAUAUGCUAGCGACUGGGCUAUUUCAGGAUCAUUGAUGCAGGAGUAUGGCAAGAUCUAUUACCCCGUGAUGUUUACGAGGCGUACCUUGAAGUCAAAUGAGCUGAAUUACGGUAUUUCGGAAAAGGAAGUAUUAGCAUUGCUGCGGAUCCUAGAUCUUAACUACAACGCUUUGGUCGGACGUCCGAUCCGUGUGCUGACCCGACAUUCAACUCUGGCGUGGUUCUUCAGAUCCACAGCCUUGCAGGGACAGUUAGGUCAGUGGGCCGCUCUACUGUCGCUAUGGACACUCGAGAUCACCAAGUGCGUCAAGGGUGAAGAUAAGAUCCUGGGAGCAUUGGCAGCCAGUAUCACCCCUAGAUAUGAAGUGGAUAAGGCAUUGAUCUCGAUUGCCCCAAAAAAGGAGCCAAGACGCAAGAUCCAAGCUCUGACCCCCACUAUUGGACGCGAUGAGGAUCUAUAA